UCGGUAUAUUUUUUCAUCAAUUUCACCAUUAGUGGGACUCAAAUAUAACUCAAAAAUAUAUACAUAAUUCAAAAUGAUGUACCUCUGUGGAGAAGAAAGUUAUGCACGGCUACCUACCAUCAUAAAACCAAAUCAUUAUGAUAUAUCUUUGACCCUGUCUAAUAUUCCAAAAUUGGAAUUCAGUGGUGGGGUGACCAUCUGGAUUGAAGUAUUUGAAAGGACUAAAGAAAUUCAGUUACACCAAGUGGACCUUGAAGUGGACAGUAUAAAACUGAUCAACGCAUAUAACGGUAUCUCAGUUGAACCCAUCAACACCGAAAUUUCAAAAAAAGACGGUUUGUUAAAACUAUACUUCAAGAAUCCAGUAACAGUAGGGCCAUACCGCCUCAAGAUCAAUUUUGAAGGGGUAAUCACCGAUCAGUCUACAGGUCUUUUGCACACCAGAUAUCAUGAAUCCGAUGGGACCGAAAAACUUUGUGUAUUCAGUCAUUUCGAACCAACCUCCGCCAGAAGAUGCUUCCCGUGUUGGGAUGAACCUUCCUUCAAGGCAACUUUCAAGAUUAGCGUUACUGUACCCAAGGAAUACACGACGUUAUCAAACAUGCCGGUAGAGAACGUGGAAAAACUGGGAAAACUGAGGAAAUUCAAUUUCGCAAAAACACCUCCAAUGUCCACGUACUUGGUCGCUAUAGCGAUUGGAGAAUUCAACUUUAUCGAAUCUAAAACUGACAACGGCAUACCGGUGAAGAUCUUCGUGAUCGAUGGAAAAGAAGAGCAAGGCAGGUUCGCACUGAAUAUGGCUGUUAAAGCGAUCAAAUUUUUCAACGAGUAUUUCAAGACUCCGUAUCCAUUGCCUAAACUGGAUUUGGUGGUUGUUCCCGACUAUAAGUCUGAUGCCAUGGAAAACUGGGGUCUUGUUGCUUUCAGAGAAAUAAAUCUAUUGAUAGACCCAUCCUCCUCCACAAAUCUAACAAUGCGCUGGAUAUCUCUGAUAGUAAGUCACGAAGUGGCUCAUCAGUGGCUCGGAAAUCUGGUCUCCAUGGAAUGGUGGUCCCAAAUAUGGUUCCAAGAGGCAUGCGCCCAGUUCGCGGAAAACAUGUGCGUCGACUACUACUUCCCCAACUUCCACAUAUGGCAGCACUUCGUCUUGGAGUUUAUGCACACUGGUCUCGCACUGGACGAAUCCAGCGAUUCUCACCCUGUGGAGACUGCGAUCAAAGACCCGGAAGAACUGGACGAACUCUACGACGGGAUAAGCUACAACAAGGGAUCGGCGGUGAUAAGGAUGCUGCACGACUACAUCGGCGAUGAUAAUUUCAGAAAGGGCGUGUGGACUUAUCUGACCACUCAUUUGAAUGGGAACGCGAGUCCGGAGGACUUUUAUAGAGCUCUGGAAAACGCAUCGAAUAAGCCGGUCGCUGGUAUGAUGUCAACUUGGACGAAACAGGCAGGGUUUCCAGUGGUGAGAGUCUUCAUUACACCAGGCUGUGAUUGUAAACUGAAUAAAAAUGGUAUCACGUUAAAACUUGUCCAGAACAAAUUCGUCAGUAGGAAGGACAAAGGAAAGCCAGAUAACGAGACAGUCAUGUGGAAGAUUCCAAUAACUAUAAUAACUGCAAAUAAUUCCAAUGAGGAAAUACAAAUCGUUCUGGAUUCUAGGGAGACGAAACUCUUCAUUCCUGGUGUUAAGGCUAACGACUGGGUAAAACUCAACCCUGGAUCUAUCGGCUACUACCGCGUACAAUACUCCUCUGAAUUACUGAAAAGGUUCAUCCCUGCCGUUCAGAACAAGUCACUCGAUCUGAUAGACAGAAUCGGCAUCUUGAAUGAUCUGUACCAUAUGGUAAUGUAUGGUUAUACCAACAGCGCUGAUCUCCUCAACUUGCUGACGGCAUUCGAGAACGAAAGUGAGUUCUUGGUCUGGUCCUUCAUUUGCCGGAUUUUGAACAAGCUGGCGGUUUUGAUAAGUCAUACCAGCCUUGAGGAUGAAUUCAAGAGGUUCCAAUCGAAGCUAUUGGAAAAAGUUUCAACCGCUUUAGGCUGGAUUCAAAAACCUGAUGAAAACAGAUUCGAUAAUCUGAUCAGGAAAAUGGUGCUUGGUCAGAUGUCUUGGCUAGACGACGAAAGAAUGAUCAAAGAAGCAAAACAGAACAUUGAAGAGAAGUUGCCCGAUGAUAUGAAGGUGUUCUGUUAUCGAUCGUUAGUCAGGUCUGGUGGCGAAAAAGAAUUCGAUGCUCUCAUGAAGUUGUACAAAACUGUGGACACUUACGAAGAGAAGAAAAGCAUUUUGUUCGCCCUAUGUGGCGCUAAAAACGAGGAACUGCUUCGUAGAGUUCUUACGUUUGCAAUGUCCAGCGAAACUAAUAACGAAGAAACUGUUCUUAUUGUUAUGACUAUAACUUCAUCAAAAACAGGAAGAGACCUCCUAUGGGAUUACUAUCGCACCCAUUGGCGUGAUAUAUUGAAUAAAGUGAAAAACAAAGAAUAUUUGUCUAAAAUGAUCGAAGAUAUCACAGAAAAGUACGCAACGGAACCUAUGGCAAUGGAGAUAGAAACUUUCUUCAACAAACAGUUACCCUGUAAUGAAGCUACAUUUCGAACAGCUCUGGAUACCCUUAGGAAUAACGCUGAAUGGUUGGACAGAGAUUCUGAAGCCAUAAAACAAUUUUUAUCAUCAUACGAGAAUUGCAAUUUGGUUACUGCGAAUUAUCUUCAAUGUAUUCCUUCGAGCAGUGACGUAACUCUUCUUCAUUUAUGCGAAUAUUGCGCCCUUGGAGCUCCUGUCUUAACUCAAGUCUUCGUACGUACGUUCCCAAAAAUGUUUUUGUUCAGGCGGCAGGUGUCAACAACCUUCAGAAUUAAAAACCAUUUAGUCAGCGUGAGUUGUCAAACAGAAGGCAUUUCGAAACCGAAGUCUUUCAGCACCGUUUUCAGUUACAGCCUGGGAUCUGUCGAUGUCCCGUUAGCGAUAGCGCCGUUGCGAUACGCCUCCCGUGCCCCUCCAACCCUGCCGCAGCGCGCCCGUUUCUCGCAAUAUUCGGUUGCUGUGUCAGUGGGACGACGUAGCGCAUAUCGUAGCUGUUUGACGCCUUCAACCAGUGACUUUAUCCUGAAAAGAUAUUCUAAAACGAGUGCGGAAUCGGAAAGGGUCAGAAUGUGCGACAAGAAAACUUUCCAAAGACUGCCCAAGACAGUGAGACCGACCCAUUACGAUCUCAGUCUCGUGCCCGAUCUGAAAAAGCUGAUUUUCCAAGGAGAUGUCGCCAUCGAAAUUGAGGUCAAGGAACCGGUAAAAGAAAUCAUCCUCAACGCCUUGAAUCUGUACAUAAAAAAUGUCGAAAUUGACGACAAGAAAAACUGUCAAACAGCCGAAAAGGUGGACAUUGUUCCGGAUGAGGAGAUUGCAAAGUUGACCUUUGGUGAAACCAUACAACCCGGACAGCACAAAUUGAAGAUUGUUUUCCAGGGCACCCUGAACGACAAGAUGAAAGGUUUCUACAGAAGCAAAUACACGAGUCCAUCGGGCGAAGAAAGAUACGCCGCCGUGACGCAGUUCGAACCUACGGACGCCAGGCAGUGUUUCCCUUGUUGGGACGAGCCGGCCCUCAAGGCCACCUUCAAUAUAAAAUUGACGGUGCCCAAGGACCUGACGGCUUUGUCCAACAUGCCGGUGCUCCACUCUGCCGAGCACAAGGAGACUGUAACCUACACCUUCGAGAAAUCUCCCAUAAUGUCGACCUACCUGGUGGCUGCUGUGGUCGGAGAGUACGACUACAUCGAGGAUAAAUCCGCCGAUGGGGUCUUGGUCAGAGUAUAUACGCCAAAAGGGAAGAAGGAGCAGGGUAGGUUCGCCCUGGAGGUAGCGACCAAAGUGCUGCCGUACUACAAGUACUAUUUCAACAUCGCUUAUCCCUUGCCGAAGAUCGAUCUGAUCGCCAUUGCCGAUUUCAGCGCUGGCGCCAUGGAAAACUGGGGUCUUGUUACUUACAGAGAAACCUGCCUGUUGGUAGAUUCUGAAAACACACCAGCGAUCAGGAAACAGUGGAUCGCAAUCGUGGUAAGUCAUGAGUUGGCUCAUCAAUGGUUCGGCAAUCUAGUCACAAUGGAAUGGUGGACUCACCUUUGGCUAAACGAAGGUUAUGCCCAAUUCACAGAGUUCUUGUGUGUUGACCAUCUUUUCCCACAUUAUGAUAUUUGGAAGCAAUUUGUCAGUGAAACUUACACAAAGGCUCUUGAAUUGGACGGACUGAAAAAUUCUCAUCCCAUAGAAGUACCUGUAGAACAUCCAAGUGAAAUUGAUGAAAUUUUUGACGACAUCAGUUACAGCAAGGGCGCUUCAGUGAUAAGAAUGUUGCAUCAUUAUAUUGGAGAAGAAGACUUCAGAAAAGGAAUGAACUUAUACCUUACUCGCCAUCAGUACAAGAAUACAUUCACAGAAGAUCUUUGGGCUGCUUUAGAAGAAGCUAGCAAAAAGCCUGUAGGUGAAGUUAUGUCCACUUGGACCAAACAAAUGGGUUUCCCUGAGGUUAAAGUGUCUGUACAGAAGAACAAAGAGAAAAAUGGAGCUAUUCUGAAAUUAAGUCAGAACAAAUUCUCUGCUGAUGGAUCUGUGCAUGAAGGCGACUACCUUUGGAUGAUACCUAUAUCUGUAUCUACCUCAAAAAAUCCUAGUAAGGAAGCUGCAACUACCGUACUUAAGUCUAAGGAAGGAGAACUUUUCAUUGAAGAUAUCGAUCCAGAAAAAGACUGGAUUAAAGUAAAUCCUGGUACAAUUGGAUUCUACCGUACACAUUAUUCACAGGAUAUGUUAGAAAGACUGACUCCUGCAUUACAGCAGCAAACUUUACCACCUUUAGAUAGGUUAGGCAUCAUUGAUGAUCUGUUUGCAUUAGUACAAGCUGGACACUGUAGUACUGUCCAAAUCUUAACUUUGUUGAAAGCCUUUGAAGAUGAAACUGAUUAUACAGUUUGGUCUUCUAUAUCUGGAAUUCUUGGAAAAAUAUCUGUUUUAUUGAGCCAUACUGAUUGUGAGGAAGCAUUUAAAACAUACCAGAAAAAUUUGCUACAGAAGAUUUCAAAAAAGAUUGGAUGGGAUUCAAAAUCAGAUGAAACACAUUUGGAUACUCUCCUGAGAGGUCUCAUUUUUGGACGUCUAGCUUGGUUAGACGAUGAAGAAACAACUAAAGAAGCAAGAAAAAGAUUUGAAGGACAUGUAUCUAAUAAUCAAAGGAUUGCACCUGAUUUAAGAAGUGCUUGUUAUAAAACUGUUUUGAGAGCAGGUGGAGAGAAAGAAUUUUCCUCCCUUUUGGAAUUAUACAGAGCAGCUGAUUUACACGAAGAAAAGGAUCGAAUUAGUAGAUCAUUGGGAGCUACAAAAGAUAUCGAUCUAUUGAAGAAAGUGUUGGAAUUUGCUAUGUCUGAGGAAGUACGAUCACAGGAUACAGUGUUUGUAAUUAUGUCUGUAGCUAUAACAAAAGUGGGGCGAGACUUAGCAUGGGAGUUUUAUAAGAAUAACUGGCAAAAAUUUUUGGAUCGAUAUGAUGGAGGUGGUCUUUUGACUAGAUUGAUAAAAUUCACAACAGAAAACUAUGCUAGUGAAGAAAAAGCACAAGAAGUGGAAACAUUCUUCAGAGAACACAAGGCUCCUGGCACAGAAAGAUCUGUUCAGCAAGCUGUUGAAACUAUAAGGCUGAACUCCCUAUGGUUGAAGAGAGAUGCAGAUGCAAUCAAAAAGUUUUUGAACUCUUAAUUCCAAAGUUUGAAGUCAUUUUGACUUGAAAUUUGUUACUUAACGCCAGUGGCCGUACCUUAUUGUUUUUAUUUUAUAAAUGUGAUUUUUACGUAAUGCCAGAGGAGUACUUAUUGUUCAUGUUGAUUUUACAUUUUGUGUGUAUAAAUUAUUCAAUCAAAUAAAACAAUUGAUUAUCCUAAAA